CGACUGCUUCCAGAUAACAAGCCGCAACAAUGGCGCCGCCUCAGUUAAACAUCGACCCGCCUUUACUGAACUCGGCAACCCCAUGGGCCACUGAUAUCAACGAUCUUUUGGCGAUCGCCUCUUCCACCUCUACAGGCGCUAUCACGACCCGCACGUCACUUAUCAAUGGCUUCAAUCACCAGCAUGAGCAACACCAAUACCUUUUCUUCAACGCUUCCUCCUCAAGUCCUGAUAAAGGCACUUCUUCUAACCAGACUCCGCCGAAGGGCCACACAGAAAGUGCUUCAGCGAGCCUGAACAAUCUUGGUUACAGUCCAAUAACGCUGGAUGGAUACCUCGGUUUCCUAGCAGAGAUUGCCCGCCGCCUUCCUGAGUUGCGAAAGACAUUUAUUGUCAGUGUUACGGGAUCACCUGAAGACAUACAAGAGAGCUAUGCGCGCAUUGAGGCUGCAUCGAAGAUCCUUGCUUUCCCUUUGGCCAUGGAGGUCAACUUGAGCUGUCCAAAUAUCCCAGGAGCUCCGCCGCCUGCGUAUGGGGGUGGUGCUCUCAAGAAGUAUCUGGAUCUGCUUCCGAAGAAUCCGUCUUUGCCCGUUGGUAUCAAGACGCCACCGUAUACGCACCUUGGGCAGUUUGCGACUUUGAUUGAGACCUUGCUACCAGCUGCAUCGUCCCUGAGUUUCAUCACUGCUACCAACACUCUUGGGUCGUGCCUCAUUCUUGAAAACAACAAGCAUAUGGAUCCUCAAUUACCAGGUACUGGUGUUGGUGGCAUGGCCGGUCCACCUCUCCACCCCCUUGCACUCGGCAACGUGUCAACGUUGAGAAAGAUGCUCGAUCAAGUCCCAGAACUGAGUCAUAUAAAGAUCAUCGGUGUUGGUGGAGUACGUGAUGGGGACGGUUAUCGAAGGAUGAGGAGUGUUGGAGCUUAUGCUGUGGCGGUGGGGACAGGUUUGGGGAAGCAGGGACCAGGGGUAUUUGAGAGAAUUGAGCGAGAUCUGAAGGGGGAGUGGAGAGUGAGUUCAUUAAAGGAGAAGCUGUGAGUGGUUCCUCCGUAAAGGGGUAGUGGCUGAUCUCUGCAACAUUGAGAGUGACGUUGCAAAGACUGUUCAUGUGUUCACGAGACGCGGCUGACCAUUGUUUGAACUCAAUCAA